AUGAAGUGUGAACAGCUCAUUUGUGCCAGCCUGGCCGUAACAGCCGCUGCAGCUCCGACGUUCGAGAAGAAGAAGCCGUCGUUCAGCUGGAAGAAGACCAAAUCCCUCAUCGCCUUUGGUGACUCGUACACCUAUGUCCAAGGCCUCCAGGGUCACCCAAACUACACCUACAUUGGUGACAACUUGGACAUUUCCUUCACCCCAUCCGAGUUGUUCUCCAACAGGAUCGUGCAAAACCAGACCUCGACGGCCUCCGGUGGGCCAGUGUGGACUGAGUUCAUUACAAACUGUGGCGUGAAAGAGGGCCUGGCAGACCCGAGGAAAUGCGACAGACAGCUCUGGGACUUUGCAUAUGCAGGCUCGAAUACAAACACUGUGCUCACGCCUCUGCACUGGAACCACACCGUGUCUCUCGAGAACCAGAUCCUGCAAUUUGAGAGAUACGGCGAUCCGGCGUUGCAAAAAGUGCUCAAGAGGAAAGAGGCGCUGGUCGCGUUCUGGAUCGGCAUCAACGAUAUCACCGACCUCGCGAAACUGAGGGGAAAGAACGCUACUUUUGCGCCGCUGUACGAACAGGUCAUCUCCGCACAGGCCGAAUUGUGGGAGCGUGUGUACAAUCUGGGGUACAAGAACCUGCUCUUGAUGAACCUACCGCCUCUUGACCGUGGCCCUUCGCCCUCUGUCAAUGCAUCUCUCGUCAAUACUUACAACACCAUCCUCGCCUCGCACGCAAUUGAAUUCCAAGACGCUCACAAGGACGCGACGAUCUUGCAGUUCGAUGUUAACACAGUGCUCAAUCAAGUUUUCAACGAUGCAGCGGCAUACGGAUUCACCAAUACGACCAACUUUUGCCCAGACUACAACCAACCGGACAUCAAAACCAACCCGGAGAAAUACGGGUGCGGGAAGGGUAUUGAUACGUAUUUGUGGUACAACUCAGGGCAUCUAACGACGAGGGUGCAUCGUGUGUUCUCCAAGAUUUUGGUCAGGUGGCUGGGUGAGCAGAAGCGGUGA